UAGCAAUUGAUUAUAUGGGUAAUGCUCAGAUAACACCUACUGAAGCAGAUAGAUUAUUUCGUCACUAUGCAAACUUUCCAACAAAAAUAAUUCUUAAAGAAGGUAUAAGAGUAAUGUUUCUUAAUAAUUCAUUAUUCACUAAAGGGUUAUUCAAUGGUUCCAUAGGUAUAGUCUUAAAAAUUAUUGAUUAUGAUACCAUUGAAGUAGCCUUUCCAUUAAAAACAGUGCACAAAACUCAAGGGCUAACACUUCCUCAUAUAACAGUAUCUCUUGAUGAAACAAUAUUUGCAUGA